UUCGCGACCUCCCACCACCUUUUCCUCCAACGACUCUCGAAUCACCGACAAAAUGUCCAAGCCUGAAGAUCUUCCCCCUAUGGAGUACCGCUUCCUGGGCCGUUCUGGCCUUCAGGUUAGUGCCAUCAGCUUGGGAGGCUGGUUGACCUACGGCGGCCACGUCGACUCCGAGGGCACUUUCAAGUGCAUGAAGGCUGCUUACGACUCUGGCGUCAACUUCUUUGAUACAGCCGAGGGCUACGCCAACGGCGAGAGCGAAGUUGUUAUGGGUCAGGCCAUCAAGAAGUACGGCUGGAAGCGCAACGACCUCGUCAUUUCUACCAAGAUCUACUGGGGUGGUGCUUUCGGUGACAACGUUGUUAAUAACAAGGGUCUGUCCCGCAAGCACGUUAUCGAGGCCAUGGACGCUUGCCUCGAGCGUCUCGAUCUCAAAUAUGUCGACCUCGUCUACGCUCACCGUCCCGAUCGCCAGACACCCAUGGAGGAGACCGUCCGCGCCUUCAACCACUUGAUCAACACCGGCAAGGCCCUCUACUGGGGAACAUCCGAAUGGAGCGCCGACGAGAUCGCCCAGGCCUGGCGCUACGCCGACAAGCUGAACCUGGUCGGUCCCAUCAUGGAGCAGCCCUCAUACAGCAUGCUGGACCGCAAGAAGGUCGAGCACGAGUUCUUCCACCUCUACCGCGAAGUCGGCACCGGUCUGACCGUCUUCUCCCCCCUGCGCCAGGGCAUCCUCUCCGGAAAGUACAAGAACGGCAUCCCCGAGGACUCCCGCUUCGGCUCCGAGAACAUUGGCUUCAUCAAGGACUUUUGGAAGAGGGAGAACGCCAAGAAGCAGUUCCAGGACCUCGUUGACAAGGCCAACAAGAUUGAGCCCAUUGCCGAGAAGCUGGGCAUCAAGAUGGCUACCCUGGCGCUUGCCUGGGUCCUGAAGAACAAGAACGUCAGCUCUGCCAUUAUCGGCGCCAGCAGUCCGGAGCAGGUGUUUGAAAACAUUCGGGCCAUUGGUGCGCAAGAAAAGUUGACGGACGAGAUUAUGAAGGAGAUUGACGAGGCGCUGGAGAACAAGCCGGAUACCAUCAUCCCGAGAUUCUAGAGUGGUUGUCAAAUAUAAUGUACGAGAACAUGGACUGAAAAGCUUCGGGGUACACAUGGCUUCGGAUAUAGUAACGUACAUAUAACGAAAUAUCAAUCGAGCAAUGCACAAUUGGUUAGACUUCA